AUGGUGUCCCCUGUAGGUUCUGCAUCAUAUAUUGAGACAAAUUCCCCUGUAAAGUAUGUUCACACAAUUUCAGAGGCAGGUCGUCUUCUUCCUUCUUCAAGUCAAUGGAACUCAAUAGAACUUGAAUUCGGUCUUUUCCCACAGGCUUCCUCAGAUUAUGGUUCACUUCCUUCUCGCUACUCAAAGUCAUUCCAAUAUGAGCUCAUUGUCACUGAUAAGCAGUACUUCAAACGUUUUCUUUACAUAUUAGGUUCAUCGGUUAUUCUUAUUAUCGCACUGGUUUUGCUUGUUGUCUUUUUGCCUCAAAAACAUCAUAAACAUGGUGAUAAUAAGAAUUUGACACUCGCUGUAAACCAAGCUCUGACUUUUUAUGAUGCUCAAAAGUCUGGUAUUUAUCCAAAGAACAGUCCGGUGAAAUUCCGAGGAGAUUCGGGAUUGCGAGAUGGGAAUUCGAGCAAUGCUAAUCCACCUGUUGAUCUUGUGGGAGGUUUUUAUGACUCUGGAAACAACAUGAAGUUCACUUUCCCUACAGCUUAUACCAUAACUUUGUUGAGUUGGACUGUGAUCGAAUAUCACCAGAAAUAUGAUGAUAUUCAUGAGCUUGCUCAUGUCAAGGACAUCAUCAAAUGGGGUACUGAAUAUUUGCUCAAAGUUUUUGUUCCUCCUAUGGAUGCAACUUCCGGCAGAACCAUAUUAUAUUCUCAGGUUGGAGUUGCCAGCAAUAAAAGUGCGGCUUCUAAUGAUAUGAAGUGCUGGCAAAGACCUGAAGACAUGGAUUAUGACAGACCUGUUUCUGUUUGUGACGGCUCGGCUUCGGAUCUAGCAGGGGAAAUUGUUGCUGCAUUAUCAGCAGCAUCAAUGGUUUUUAAGGAAGAUGAUGUCUAUUCAAGGAAAUUAGUUAAAGCAGCUGAGAAGUUAUUUGAGGUUGCAUGGAAUGAAGACCCACAUAGGCAAGGAACAUAUACCAGGUUGGAUGAUGCAUGUGGAGGAGAAUCAAGAACAUUUUAUAACUCAUCUGGGCAUAUAGAUGAGCUGGUUUGGGGAGGAACUUGGUUGUCUUUUGCUACUGGGAAUCUUACUUAUCUUGAUUAUGCAACCAAGAAUUUUGAUUCAGCCAAAAACAAUGUAACAAGUUUUGAUAGUGGGGUCUUUUAUUGGAACAACAAGCUCACUGCUAUUGCUGUUUUGUUUACGCGUCUCAGAUUCUUUUAUGAUCUUGGCUAUCCAUUUGAAGAUGCUCUUGCUCAGUCCUCGGAUAUGAUUGACUCCCUAAUGUGUUCUUAUCUUGGUCAAAAUUUUGACAUGACUCCAGGUGGAUUGAUCAUCCAAAGACCUGAAAAUGGAGCACCACUUCAGUUUGCUGCAACAGCUUCUUUCCUAAGUAAAUUGUACAGUGAUUAUCUUGAAGUUCUAUUGAGAUCAGGUGGGAGAUGCAGCAGUAUUGGUGCUUUUACUGUAGAAAAGUUGAGGGAAUUCUCCAAAUCCCAGGUGAAUUACAUUUUGGGAGAUAAUCCAAUGAAGAUGAGCUACAUGGUAGGGUUUGGGGACAAGUAUCCAAACCAAGUUCACCAUAGGAGUGCAUCAAUUCCUUGGGAUGGUAAACACUAUUCCUGUGAAAAAGGAGAAAAAUGGUUGAAAUCUAAAGAACCAAAUCCAAAUGUUGUGGUUGGGGCCAUGGUAGGAGGACCAAACCAGUUUGACAAUUUCACUGAUGAAAGGGAAAGACCAUUGUUCACUGAGCCUAGCAUUUCAAGCAAUGCUGGUUUGGUUGCAGCACUCAUUGCACUUCAUCAUCCUCCUCGCCAUAAUUCUGGCAAUAAGUUGGGUUUAGACCAGACCAGUCUCUUUGAAAAUAUCCGGCUUUAA